GAAAAAAUGCAAAAAAUAAAUUGAAAAUAUUGAAAUAGACAUCAACAUCACCAUCACCACUUUGAUAGGUACUAAAUAGGUACUAAGGGUGUUUUUAGUGGCUUGGCUGUACCUGGCUGUACCAAGUGGAAUAAUGAAUAAUCAGAAUAUUGACCUUAACAAAAUACUAUCUUCUGAAAAUGUAAACAUAUGGAGUGCAAAUCAAGAAGAAUUAGAAGAACAAGCUUUGAGAGAAUUAGAAGUUCUCAGAAAAGACAAUGAAAAUUCGACUACUGAUCAAUUAGAAGAUGGUGAAAUAGAAGCAUCUGAAACAGGCAAUGAAGAUUAUAAUAAUGCAAACAGCUCAGUUUUCUCAGUUCUGAAUAUUGAACAGUAUAUCCAAAGACAAGAAGAUCUGAAGAAGAGACAGGAUUUCAAAAAGGCCCUUGAUGCUCAUCCUACCACUGGGACCAUACAUUCUAAUUUUAAAAAAUCAAGUAUUGUUAUAAAAAAACACAAACGUAAACUUUCACCUGAGAAAUCCAAUCAAUCAGAAAAUGAAUCUCAGUAUCAACAAGACACAUCUCAAAUAAAUACAUUAUAUUCUAGAAGGUGUACUAAUUCUACUUCUGAUGUAAUAGGUGAAACAAAAUGUAUUAGAGCUAAUUCUGGAAGUGAAGAUGCCUCAGAAGAUGAAAAUAAUUCUGGAAGUGAAUAUAUUCCAUCUGAAAAUGAAAAAGAUAGUGAUUAUGAAUCAUUUGUACCCCACAAAAUAGCUGAACCUGAUAACCCACCAAAGAAAAAGAGGAAAACAUCUUUAGGUGAACAUAAAAUUCAAGAUGAUGGAAAAUGGAAAAAUUAUAAAAAGAGACUUGAUGAAUAUUAUAAAAAAGUAGAAGAAAAUGUAUCCAGUAUAGAUGAUAAUGAUGAGGAUCAUGAAGAAAAACAGGUAACAGCUGAGUUCCACUCUAUAAAAGGAGGUCUGAGAGUCCCAAUCAAUAUUUGGACUAAACUCUAUGGUUAUCAACAAGAUUCCAUUCAUUGGCUGUGGCAGCUUCAUCAAAAAGCAACAGGUGGAUUAUUGGGAGAUGAAAUGGGAUUAGGAAAAACUGUACAAAUCAUAGUGUUUCUGCAUGCUUUGGAGUUCAGCAGGGUUAUAUCCUGUCAUGGAAGGUUCAAUGGUUUGGGACCAUCAUUGAUUGUUUGCCCGGCCACCGUGAUCCAACAGUGGGUCAAACAUUUUCAUGAAUGGGCCCCAGAGUUCCGAGUUGCCAUACUUCAUCAAUCUGGAAGUUAUCAAGGCAACAAGGCACUUCUCAUCAAAGACAUGCAUAAAAGCAAGGGCAUACUGAUCACAACCUACUCCGGCGUCCUCACCUACAACGACGUCCUCGUCGACUACAACUGGCACUAUCUGAUCUUGGACGAGGGCCACAAAAUCCGGAAUCCCGCCGCCAAAGCGACCGUGGCCGUCAAGCGGAUCAGGACGCCACACCGGAUCAUGCUGACCGGCAGCCCCAUGCAGAACAAUUUGACGGAGCUGUGGAGCCUAUUCGACUUCACGAAUCCCGGGGUGCUGGGGGAUUCCGCGACGUUCCAGGAGCAUUUCGCCAAUCCGAUAUUGCAUGGGGGUUUCGCCAAUUCGACGCCGUCACAAGAAGCUACAGCAUUGUCAGUUGCUACAAUGUUAAAAUCCAUAAUAGACCCAUAUCUUCUCCGUAGAACCAAAUCCGAAGUACAACACCACAUUUCACUGCCAAAUAAAAGUGAGCAGGUCCUAUUCUGCUCUCUAACAAAAUAUCAAAUAGACUUGUACAAGAACUUCUUGAUGAGUGAACAAGUGAGUACGAUGUUAGGAAGAGGUAUCAAGCAUUGGUAUGCUGAAAAAUCUUUGAGGGCUGGUGUUUUGGUUGCUAUCACCAAGUUAAGAAAAAUUUGCAAUCAUCCCGAUAUUUUCAUGUCUGAAGAGGAUAGCAAUUCACUUGAGGAUGACGAUUCUCUGCCAUUAGAAGAAAAAUUUGGUUAUUACAAAAAAUCUGGAAAGAUGGUAGUGGUUUCUGCUCUGUUGAAAAUAUGGAAAAAGCAAGGUCAUAGAGUGCUUCUGUUCACUCAAGGAAGAGCAAUGAUUGUUGUCUUCCAACAAUUCCUGGACCAACAUGGCUAUAAAUACCUGAAGAUGGAUGGGUCCACUUCUAUCCGAAGUAGGCAGUCUUUGAUUGAUAAGUUCAACCAGGAUUCCAGUUUCGAUGUGUUUCUGUUGACAACUAGAGUGGGUGGAUUAGGAGUGAAUUUGACAGGUGCAAACAGGGUAAUCAUCUAUGAUCCAGAUUGGAACCCUGCUACUGAUACCCAAGCCAGGGAAAGGGCCUGGAGGAUCGGUCAGGAGAAAAACGUCACUGUUUAUAGGCUACUUUCUGCCGGAACUAUUGAGGAAAAGAUGUAUCAGAGGCAAGUUUGGAAACAACUCCUGAGUAAUAAAAUACUCCUGGACCCCAAAACAAAUAAAUUUUUCAGAUCAUCUGAUCUUCAUGAUCUAUUUUCUUUACAAGAGUCAACCGACUCCAAUCCAGAAACUGCCAAUAUAUUCCAUAAUUCGAGGGUCAGGAUUCAGGAGAGCAUGAAGAAGAAAAAGGAGCUGAAAUCAAAGAAACUGAAAAAAUCGGAUGUCCAAUUCACUGAAGAUAAACUCCAGCAAAUGAAGAAUUUGGCACAUCAAAUAGCAAAAAGUCUCACAAAGCCAAAAUCCAUACUACCACCUGAACUAGAAGAAGAAAAGUUACAAAAAUUGAAAGAAAAAGAAGAAAUUAAAACUUUGUCACCCCAGGCACUUUUAGACUACAACAGAGAAAAAGCAAAACAGAAAGAGACAGCUUCUAUCAACAAAAUCGAUAAUUGUGAGGCCACAGUUAGUUUUUCUGAGGCACUUGAGUACUCCGAAAAAACAGCCAAACUCCAUCACGUGCUCAAUUCAAGUAAAGCUGAUCAUUGUACAGUCAUACAGAAAGCUCAGAUCAUUCAUCAGAAAAUCACAAAGGAGCCCGAGCAACUUAUAGAAAAGUACAAAAAAAGCAAACCUAAAAAUGUUGGGAAAGAAAAAAGGAAGAAAGAUAAAGCUAUUGUGGAUACCUCAGGAAAAAUUGAUGGGGAAAUUGUUGAUGGAUUAGUCAAAACAGAGAUAAAAAGACAGAAGAAGAGCAAGAAGGAAGAGAAUGUGGAGACACAUGAUGAUUAUGUUUUGGGUAAACUUUUUCAAAAAAAAGGCGUUUCUAGGGCUUUGCAACAUGAAUCUAUAGUUCAAAGUGGGUCCAGAGGAGGUAAUCUCAGAAUACACUUUGAUGCAAGACAGAGAGCAGAAAAAUCUUUGGAAGCUCUCAGAAAAUCAAGAAUUGAUAAUUGGAGAUGGUGAAUACAUUAUUGUGAAUAAUUCAGCUACAAAUUGUUUUUUUUUUAUAUUUCUCUGAUGUACCUGAUAAUAUAACUUUUUUUUUCAAUUCAUUGUUUUCAGUCAUAGUGAAAAUCACCAUUACUUC